GGAUGCUCAGUGGACCACACCAACAUGGCGGAACCCAUGGAGCUGCUCUGCUGGGGAGGCGACUGGGAUCUGCCAUCCGUGCACACAGACUCUCUCAUCGUGCUGACAUAUGCUAAAUUUUCAGGUGCAAAGCUUGCAGUAAAGUCUAUUGACUGGACAUGGAGGACUAUCACAGCAUCUGUGCCACAACUACACUAUGAGGGAUCCACAGUCACAGAACCAACACAAAUUCUAAACUUCCUACGAAAACAGAGAUUCAAUGCUGACUAUGAGUUGACAGCUAAGCAAGGUGCAGAUACAAUGGCUUAUAUCGCCCUCCUGGAGGAAAAGCUGCGGCCAGCACUGCUGCACACAUUCUGGGUGGACACAGAGAACUAUGCUAACCUGACCCGACCCUGGUUUACGUCACAUUCCCCGUUCCCCCUUAACUUCUUUGUACCGGGUCGACAGGCCAGCUUGGCUCUGUCCCGCAUCUUACUGACCAAAGCAGAGUCGCCAUUGCUGAACAUCACAGAAGUAGAGGGAAAGAUCUACAGUGAAGCCAAAGAGUGCCUGAAUUUGCUCUCCCACAGACUUGGGAACUUCCAUUUCUUCUUUGGAGACACGCCUACAAGCCUGGACGCCUUUGUCUUUGGCCAUAUCGCCCCUCUAAUUAAAGCCCCUCUGCCCAGUGGGCAGCUUCAGAAGCACCUGAACCAACUUGAUAACCUCUGCCAGUUCUGCAACGCCAUCCUUAAAAACUACUUUAAUGCCUCUGCUGAGAAGAGAACGGACUGCUCACCGACGACUAUCCAUGAUCCUGUCGAUGCAAACCUCCAGAAACUGACACAACUUGUUAACAAAGAGUCCAACCUUAUUGAAAAGAUGGAUGACAAUCUUCGCAGCAGUCCACAGCACAGACCGCACAGACAUGAGUCCAAACCCUUGGCCCUGGCCGGCGAGAGGAACUCGACCCCUCACUCAUAAACACCUUGUAUCAAAGCACUGACUUUACCAUCAUCGA